CUUUGGGCCACAUUGCUUGGCAGACUCAUGGGGACGACGGGUAUUUGGGGUCUUGAAUCCAGCCAGAAGCUUUAACCUGAUUUGAGGAAAGGCAACUGUGGACAUGCAGGAUAAUGAACCCUUAGAAAAAUAACAACAGUGUUGACCAGAUUAACGAGGGGCUGUGUAUAUAGUGGAAGGGGUCUGGCUUGGGGAAUUGGGAGACCUGGGCUCCUGUCUUGGCUCUGACUUAAGUAGGGGAUGGCACGUCAGGAUUCAAACCCAGAGCCCCUGAGGGCAGAUUCAUCUGUUUUUUCCCCCACUGUGUGAUGAUGCCUCCUUAUUGAGUAUGAAUUAACAAGGGAGAUCUUUAGAUGAGGCUCUAGGAGGGGGUGUUGGAGCUGAGCCUUUGAAAGGAGCUGGGAAUGCCGAGAGGCCAACGCGGAGAGGGAGAGCAUUUCGCGCUUGGAGGACAGGUGGACGGACAGACAGCUUGUGUGUGCCGAGGGAGACGGCAGUUCUGGGAAUGUCCCUCGGGGCCUUGGUGACCCUGACUUAAGUCAUCUCUGGCUGCAGCACUCCCGUCUUGUGACGUUCUGUGACAUAGCAUAACUCGGUCACCACUGAACUCUCCCUUUUAUCGGUGGCUUGGGUGAAGGCAUCCAUGGGAAUCCUGUUAGAUACGCAGGUGAAAUGGCCAACGCUCAUGCUGGAUGGCCAAGCCGUGGUCCUAAAAGCUCUCAACAGGUUCAUCCUCUCCCUGGCCUCCUGUAAGAACUGCAUCGUCAUCGAUGACCAGCUCAACAUCCUGCCCAUCUCCAGCCACAUAGCCAACAUCCAGGCCCUGCCUCCGAAGACCCAGGACGAUGACCUGUCUCCUUCAGACCUGGAGCUGAAAGAGCUGAAGGAAAGCCUGCAGGACACCCAGCCUGUGGGCGUGUUGGUGGACUGCUGCAAAACACUGGACCAGGCCAAGGCCGUCCUGAAGUUCAUCGAGGGCAUCUCGGAGAAAACGCUGAGGAGCACAGUGGCGCUCACGGCUGCCCGCGGGCGGGGGAAGUCGGCCGCCCUGGGAUUGGCCAUCGCUGGGGCAGUGGCCUUCGGAUACUCCAACAUCUUUGUCACGUCCCCCAGCCCGGAUAACCUGCACACGCUCUUUGAGUUCAUCUUUAAAGGCUUUGAUGCCCUUCAGUACCAGGAGCAUUUAGACUAUGAGAUCAUCCAGUCGCUGAAUCCCGAGUUCAACAAGGCAGUGAUCCGGGUGAAUGUGUUCCGUGAGCACCGGCAGACCAUCCAGUACAUACACCCUGGAGAUGCAGUGAAGCUGGGUCAGGCGGAGCUCGUUGUAAUUGAUGAAGCUGCUGCCAUCCCCCUGCCCUUGGUGAAAAACCUGCUUGGACCCUACCUCGUGUUCAUGGCUUCCACCAUCAAUGGAUACGAGGGAACUGGCCGCUCACUAUCCCUCAAGCUGAUCCAGCAGCUGCGACAACAGAGUGCGCAGAGCCAGCUGAGCACCACGGCGGAGAACAAGGCCACCACCACUGCCCGGCUGGCCUCAGCUCGAACGCUGCACGAAGUCUCCCUCCAGGAAUCGAUCCGCUAUGCGCCUGGAGAUCUCGUGGAGAAGUGGCUGAACGGCCUCCUAUGUCUCGACUGCCUCAACAUCACCAGGAUUGUCUCGGGCUGCCCUCUCCCUGAGGCCUGUGAGCUGUACUAUGUGAACCGAGACACCCUCUUCUGUUACCACAAGGCCUCUGAAGCCUUCCUCCAGAGACUGAUGGCGCUCUACGUCGCUUCUCACUACAAGAAUUCUCCCAAUGACCUUCAGAUGCUCUCAGAUGCCCCAGCUCACCAUCUCUUCUGUCUCUUGCCUCCGGUCCCUCCUACCCAGAAUUCCUUGCCAGAAGUACUAGCUGUCGUCCAGGUCUGCCUGGAGGGGGAGAUCUCUCGUCAGUCCAUCCUGAACAGCCUGUCUCGAGGGAAGAAGGCGUAUGGAGAUCUCAUUCCCUGGACCAUCUCCGAGCAGUUCCAAGACCCUGACUUUGGCAGCCUCUCCGGUGGAAGGAUCGUCCGCAUAGCUGUGCACCCAGAUUACCAAGGGAUGGGUUAUGGCAGCCGGGCCCUGCAGCUGCUUCAGAUGUACUACGAGGGCCGGUUCCCCUGCUUGGAGGAGAAAGUCCUGCAGAAAUCACAAGAAAUUAACACCGUGAGCAGCGAGGCUGUCAGCUUGUUGGAAGAGGCUGUGACUCCCCGGAAGGAUCUGCCCCCCUUGCUCCUCAAGCUAAGUGAGAGGCCUGCAGAAAACCUGGAUUACUUGGGCGUCUCCUACGGCCUGACGCCAAAAUUGCUUAAGUUCUGGAAACGUGCUGGAUUUGUUCCUGUGUAUCUGAGACAGACACCAAAUGACCUGACAGGGGAGCAUUCCUGUAUCAUGCUUAAGACUCUAAGCGAAGAGGAAGAUUCCGAGCAGGAGCCCUGGCUCCCGGCCUUUUGGAAAGAUUUCCAGAGGCGCUUCCUGUCCUUGCUGGCUUACCAGUUCAGCUCUUUCUCACCUGCCCUGGCUCUGAAUAUCCUACAGAAUAAAAACAUUGGGGAGAAAUCCCAGGCAGAACUGAGCCGAGGAGAGCUGGAGGCUGCCUUCCUUCCCUACGACCUGAAGAGGCUGGAGAUGUAUUCCCGGAACAUGGUGGAUUAUCACCUGAUCAUGGACUUGAUUCCGGCCAUCUCCAGGAUGCACUUCCUGAGCCAGCUAGGGCAGCUGUCCCUGUCGGCUGCACAGUCGGCUCUCCUGCUGGGGGUUGGCCUCCAGCACAAGACCAUGGACCAGCUGGAAAAGGAGAUUGAGCUGCCCUGCAGCCAGCUGAUGGGGCUCUUCAACAGAAUCAUCCGCAAAGUGGUGCAGUUGUUCAGCGUGAUCCAGGAGAAGGCUGUUGAGGAGCAGAUGGUGGCAGCCAAAGAUGUGGUCAUGGAGCCCACCAUUAAAUCCCUGAAUGAAGACUUGAAUGAAGCUGCAAAAGAAUUCCAGGAAAAACACCGGAAAGAAGUGGGGAAGCUCAAGAACAUGGAUCUGUCACAAUACAUAAUCCGCGGUGAUGAUGAAGAAUGGAAUGAGGUUUUGAACAAAGCCGGAAAGAACGCCUCCGUCAUCAGCUUGAAAAGUGACAAGAAGAGAAAACCUGAAGCUGAAAACAACCCAAAACAGAACAAGAAGUUGAAGAAGGGCCGAGAUAUGAAAAGCAAAAAAGAUGGGAAACAGAAAAGGAGGAAAUAGUGGUGGCUGCUGACUCAGGCAUUCGGUGAGGGCGUUCACCCCUGCCUGCAAGGACAGGAGCCUGUCCCCGGGCCACCGAGGGCAGAGCUGUCGUUCCAGGAUGCUCUGAGCUUGGGCCCCUCUUGGCCUGGCACUUUCCCUUUCGCAUCUGGAUUCGCCCAUAAAGUUCUUCCCACCCACACCCACUUCUGAGUUUCCUUCCUGACCCAGUUUUCCAGAUUGGUUCCCUUGUACCCUGGAGAAUCAGAGGGGCUGAAGAGUCAUGCACUGGACACGUCCCAAGCAUCUUAAGAAGGCAGCCCCAGGUCUUCCUCUAUCACGGGCAGGAGAAAUGAGGGGUCAGGGCAGGGGAUACCAGAAUGGGUGCCCGCUCGAGUCUCAAAGCCAGACACUUUGGCAUUCCUGAUCUCCCGCCAGUGUUUCAGGACCAAAAGCCUGGAGCUGACAGUGGACAGGAUCUUCAGACUGAUCAUGCUUCCGAAUGGUUGCCGUUUUGUUUUGGGUGGACUGCAGAUUGAUGCUGGAAACUCCACCUAAGGCAGCCCGGGAGUGAGAGUGGGGUGAGGGUUUUUAACACUUUAAAUUUCAAAAGGACUAUUUGUGGGUUGGGUAUUAAAUACCUUUGUGCAUAUAAGCCAAUUAUUGUCUGAGCUCUGAGUUGGAGAAGAGAAAGAAUGUGUCAGCAAGAGUGAAUUAGGUCCAAGAAGAAAGACCUGGUUUCAGAUCCUGUUUCUGAUGCCUGCUGGCUGUGAUGCUGUGGGCAGAUCAUUUCAGUACCCCUAGGAGAACUGUUAGCUACAGAUGAGUUGCUGAUGAGCCUUGGGGAAGAGAAUUUCACCACUGGGAGUUCUAACUAUACUGAUGAACUCACAGGUCCAGACAACAAAUGUUGAGAAAACAAGAAAUCUGGUCACUUUGUGGUCCCUAGAUUUCUGCAGGCUUAGAAAUGGCCUGACGUAGAUGCCCUGGGGGUGGGGGGUGGGGGUAAUGGCUAUAGGGGUCGGUGACUUGAUUCCAGCGCCAGAGGCAGAAUCUGGUUCCAGUGGAGAGGGGAGGCUGUCCUGGCAUGGAAGGCAGAAGCUGAUUAAAUUGAAAUGAUCCCUUGGCCUGGGGCCCAGGAGCUCUGUCCUGCCUCUGAACUAAAGCAGUGGAACUGUAGGCAGUCACUCAGCCCUCCCAAAGCUCCAUGCCCCUCCGGUUCUUCCUUUGAAAAGGAGGGCUGAAUUUAGAUGAACGCCAGCGUGCGCAGUCCCCUCUGCGGUGAUUCAUCCUGCCUUCCCUCCCUGUGUUGCCCACUGCUGCUGCCAUGUUUGUUUGGCGACUCCUCUGUCAGUGACUACAACCGUUGGGCAGCUGCUGGUGGACUUGGCCUACGUGGAGUUCUCUCUCACUGGCAGCAGGCGUUGUGGGAGGCUUUGUUGUGCCUACGCUUAAGGAUUUUUCCCUCAGUGGUCUCAGGAGGAAUGUUAUUUUCAGAUCAACGAAUCUUCAUAAGGAAAGUGAUUUCUGAGGCAGCUAUGUCACUUAAUUCAUGAAAUUCACCUUGGAUGGGUCAGUUUGUGUCUUACCUGACUGGCCUUCAGGAAGGGUCAGGGAAAGUAACUCGGAAAGGACCGAGCUUUGCUGUGGGCUAUCCACAUGCCCUGGUAAUGGGCCUUCCUCUGUAAAGUGACCAAGGGCCCUUUGUCUUCCCCCCUACCCCCAAUCUAGUCCUAUGCUCUUGAACCAUUUAAAGCAGAUUUUAAAACCUUGA